AUGGUUAAAGACACAAAACUUUAUGACAUUCUGGAAAUUUCUCCAAGUGCUGAUGACAAUGAAAUAAAAAAAGCUUAUAGGAAACUGGCUCUCAAGUAUCAUCCUGAUAAGAAUCCAGAUGGUGAUGCAAAAUUUAAAGAAAUUGCUCAUGCAUUUGAAAUUCUUUCAGAUUCUCAUAAACGUGAUAUAUACGACAGAUAUGGUGAAGAAGGUCUACAAGGCGAUGGUGGAAUGGGUAUGUCACCUGAAGACCUAUUCGCAAGCUUCUUUGGCGGAUUUAGUCGUCGACAAACAGGUCCACGUAAAGGAAAAAAUUUGAAGCAUGUACUCAAAGUUUCUUUAGAGGAUUUAUAUAAUGGAAAAUCAACUAAACUAUCCUUAAACAAGAAUGUUAUUUGUAAAUCCUGUGAUGGUAGAGGCGGUAAAGAGGGUUCGGUUAAGAAAUGUUCAGGAUGUGAUGGUUCUGGCUUCAAAGUUCACCUAAGAGCUCUAGGUCCUAUGGUACAACAGAUUCAACAGCCUUGCGGUGACUGUGGAGAAGUUUAUAUUGAGAAAGGUAUGAGGAAUGGUCAAGAAAUACCUUUUUAUGGUGAAGCUGAUCAAGCCCCCGGGAUUGAGCCUGGUGAUGUUAUCAUUGCUUUGGAGGAAAAAAAGCAUGAUCGUUUUGUAAGAAAGGGUGAUGAUCUAUUUUAUACGGCUAAGAUUGAUCUACUGACAGCGUUAGCGGGCGGAAAUUUCUACAUUGAACAUCUUGAUAAUCGAGUUCUCGAUGUUAAAGUAAUGCCAUUUGAAUCUAUCAGACCAAGCAUGCCAUCGCAUCGUCAUCAUAAUAAGGGUACAUUGUAUCUCAAAUUCGACAUUGAAUUUCCACCUCGUUUUUGGACAGACGAUAACUCAAAAUUGGAGGCCCUUUCAAAUAUUCUUCCUCCACCCGCAAAACUCCCUCCUCCAAAACAUGAUCUUAUCGAGACAGUUGAAUUGGCAAACCUUGAUAGUAUUCAGCAACAAAACGCAGAGAAUCUUAUGAGUAAUCAGCAAGACGAUGAAGAAGAUGGUCAUGGACCAAAUGUUCAAU